AACUAGAAGAGUUACCGCAUUAGAGAAGGACCAAGUGAUAAAUGUUAGCAAUUAAUAUAAUUAUUAUUCAAUACAAUAACUAGGUACCUAUUAAAGUUACCAAAAGGUUGGACAAAUCAUCGACUUUGUGGUAUUUCACUUGACCAUGUAGUUACCUAACUCUCCAUACCUAAAUUAUGUCCAUUUUCAAUAAUUUAUACAUAUAAAAUAAACUAAAACAUUAAUAUUCAUUGAUAUAAACGAUCAAUCAAAAGAUUUAUCGACUAGAAAAGCACUGAAAACUAAAGAUUCGGUACACGUGCAAUGAAAUAAAGUAGGUACCUAUCAAGAUUUACCGUUUCAGUUUUAACUUACAUACAUUUAGAAAAUAAACUGAUAAAUCAAUUUGACGAUAACUUCACUGCUGUCUCAUAAACAAUUCAUACCUAUAUAAGAGCGUGGUGUGAAAGACAACCGACGUAUAAAAUAUGAACAUGCCGUAAUUAUUUUAGGGGUGGAAUGUGUAGACAUAAGGAAGCAUUGUUGAAUAUUAGAAAUAUUAUAUGUACUUAUUACCGAAAAUGUUGUGUGGAAAUCAAUAACGGAAUUUUGUGUUGAAAUAUUGUGAAAGAAAUGCGGAUCGCAUUUUUUUUAUUGUAAAAUGCGAAAAAAAAAUGCUGGUUUGAUUAUUUUUUUUUACAUUUUUAGUCAUUCAAUUUAAUCAAAAAAGUCAGUCAAUUUUAUUCGCUAGGUUAUACAAAAGAAAAAUAUAGCCUUAUCAAAAUUAACAAUUAUUGGGAAAUUUAAAUGAUGUUUAAAAACAUUUGUGAAUUUUCAUCAUAUUUGUUUCAACUAUACCUUACGUUUCAAUAACAACAAAAAAGAGUUUUAUUUUUCAAAUCGCUUAUUAUAUUAUUGAACUUCGAUAAAACUAAUAGUGUAUACUUGGCUUUAUUGUCUGUAAGGGAAAAUCGAAUCAUAUCAGUGGUAACCGCGCGUGGUUUCUACACGGUCGCGUCGCCAUUUUGAAAAAGAAAAAACUGGCGCCAAUUUUCUUGUGAAAAAAAAUUGACGUCAUUGUGCGCGGGAAAUAUUAUAACAAUAAAAAAUAUUGUUAGGUACAUAGUUAUGAAAUAAAUAUUUUAUUCGCAUAUAAAUGAAGUUAAAUUACAAUACCUACGUAAUAAAAGAGCAAACUAAUACGUUUGAAAUUAAAACCCGCAUAACUUUUAACGUUGUUAUCAAAAUUUAAAAACAAAUUAGUCUAUAAAAGCGUCGUAAAAUUAACUAGUGACAAUUUACCAAUACCUUUCACCUGAAGAACACAGCUGUUAAUAAGUUAAUGGGUGUAUUAUGACAAAAAUAGUGUUUUACGAAAAAAAUGUCACAUUACAAAAAAGAGCAUGUCGCUGAAGAAUUUACAAUUAUUUCAACCGCUAUCACAAAACAUGGUAUACCACCAUAGACAUGCUACUCCUAUGAAAGCGCCUCCUUCAGCUUUGUCGAGAAGCAUUUCAAAAUCUGCUGAGACGUUGGCUGGAUCUACAAAAUACGGUAUAGAACUCAAAGCCCGCAAAGCAAGGAGCACAGAACAGCCUGGAGUAGGGCUCUCAAAAGGCAUCAGUACUGUGGGGUUGCCAGCAUUGGUGAAAUGGACUGGAGAUGAUGACAGCCUUCGCAGUAGAUCUAGGAAUGGCAGUGGUAGCAGUAGAGCCGGCAGCGUCGAUAGAAGCACUCGAGGGUCCAGCACUACCCUUAACUCUGACGAGGAUAAUAUUAACGUAGUUAUAAGAGUACGACCAGUGAAUGAAAAAGAGCGGUCAGUGCGGGAGGUGAACAUGCUCGAAUUCCCUGGGAAAGGACAGAUCAUAUGCCACGGAACUACACCCGGGCAGAAGCCUAAAGUGUUCUCCUAUAAUGUUGUUUUUGAACCAGCUGCAACACAGGAAGACGUUCUAGAAUAUUCCGGUGUGAAGCGGUUAUUAGAGAUGGCGGUAGAGGGGUUCUCAUGUACCGCGUUUUGUUACGGACAGACUGGGAGUGGGAAAACUCACACUCUUACUGGACCACCUGGAUUGGUAGAAAGUGGUGCGAGUCCAUACGCGCCAGACCACGGUCUGGUUGUCAGAUCGUUUGUGUAUCUGUUCCGUCUGAUACGAGAUCAGCCGGAAAGUCAUUUUGUGCUAAAAGCCUCAUUUCUGGAGAUUUAUAAUGAAAAGGUGAUAGAUUUACUAAACCCCGGCAGUGCAAGAAAACCGCUCCAAGUGCGAUGGUCAAAAGAGAGCCGAAGCUUUUACGUAGAAAACUUGUUUAUGGUAGACUGUGAAGAGUUAGACGAUCUAUUUGCUGUACUGGAAGAAGGAAUGCGUAACCGCGCAGUCGGUUCUCACUCAAUGAACUCUCACUCUUCCCGCUCACACACAUUAUUGUGUGUGCGAGUGAGACGGGAUGUGCGCACCGAUGGUGACGUCACGUGCUCUACACACGGGAAGAUUAACUUCGUGGACCUCGCGGGCAGUGAGAUGACCAAAAGGACCAAUAGUACGGGAAAAACUUUGGAAGAGGCGAAUAAUAUUAAUCGGAGUUUGAUGGUUUUGGGAUAUUGUAUAGCUCAACUAAGUGAUGGCAAGAAGCGUGGUCACAUACCCUACAGAGACAGUAAGCUGACCAAAUUACUGGCUGAUAGUCUCGCUGGGAACGGAGUUACGCUUAUGAUUGCGUGUAUAGCCCCAACGAAGUCAAAUUUGAGCGAGACGAUAAAUACAUUACGAUACGCAGCAAGAGCUAAGAAGAUCAAAUCGAAACCUAUUGUAAAAAUGGAUGCAAGGGAUGCUUUGAUCCUUAGUCUAAAACGAGAAGUGGAAAGUCUGCAAGCCGAAAAUAGUCAUCUCCGUACCGCACUACACAUACAGACAGAUUAUAAUAUGGAUGCUUACGGCCAAAGAAAACGCCAACUCCCAAUCGAACCGAACAAACUGUACCAACUUCCACAAUCAGAGCUCGUGGAACUGAUCCAACUCCACAUGGAAGAGAACUCAGCACUGCGACACGAGAACACAGAACUCUUCUCGAUAAGAGACCAGCUGGCGAGGGACCAGGAGAUAUUGAGCAGAGAGAACGAGAGAUUGCUCAAGAAACUGGAAGAUGUUAAUUCUGUUUGCAUCAGAUCGCCUAUAAUUCCUGCUCGACCAGCGUAUUCCCAUGUUGGAUCAAAUGAAUCAAAUAUCUGGACGAACACUGCAAGUUCUACCAAUAGUGUUACUAGUGAAGAUAGAUAAGCGAAUUAUGCUUAUUUUUAUUUGUGUAUAUUAUUUUAUAUUCGGUAUAGGUAGAUGCACAAUUCCUAGAGACCAGAAUUGUUUCCAAAAUUCUCUUAAAGAUAAUCAAGUAUAUUGUGAAAAAUACACCACAAGUGUAAAAAUAUAACUUUGAAUUAAAUUAUCUAUGUCAAUAUUAUAAGAAAUUAUUGUGUUUGUAUGUAUUUGUAAAAUAAAGAUAUGUGUACAUUAAUGUGUGUCUACCCUAAAUUUAGAAC